CCUAUAAACUGUCCCUAUGUACGUACGUAAGUCCUCAGCGAAAUUACAUUAAUUUAAUCUAGUCACCUUAUAAUUAUUGGAAAUUAUGUAAAAUUUGUUACUAUUCUGAGCAUUUCAGUGUCUUCUAAAUUAAUAUUAUAUUGUUACAGACUGCAUAUCGUAAUAUCGGAGCCGAUCAAAAUUCACAAUAAACAUAAAUUCGUUUCGUCUCAUUGUUUCAAACUCCAUCGAAAUGAAAUAAUUGUACCAAUCUGCUGACAUAUAUACUUAGUAAAACUGUUUCAGUUCGGGCUAUAAAAAAUUACUAACGUAAAAUUGUUACCGUGACAUUCUGUGCAUAAAUAACUAGAUUUAUUGAUGCUUCGGCGUUUAAACAGAUUAUGGUAAUUUAUGGUUGAGUACAAUGGCAGGAUAAUUACAAGAUACAUAAAAAUAUGAUCGUAAAAUGAAAUAUCGGAAGGAAACUUUCUAGGCGUUUAUUGCGCGAAUAUUUCACUGUUAUUGUUGUUUUCGGAUACUGUAGCAGGUAAUUUGCCACCAAUCAGACUUUGUUACAAAUUCUUAAAGAUAAUUAAUUUCUUUAAAAAAAAUUAGGUAUCCAUGACGUUUUGCAAAGGCGAUAAACCUUUAUUGUUAAAGAGCCUUUGUGGAUAGUAUUACAGGCUGCACGCAUGACAUUCCGUUUACCUACGUGUUGACAUUGGUAACAAUUGCUACGGUAAAGUAAAAGUCUGUCUGGUGUAAACCACUCCACUUGUAUUAUAUGUACUUCAUUGGUAUGAUUUAGAUGGCAACCUCGCAUGAUCCAGCAAACUGAAUGACUCUCACUUGCGUGAACAUUGACUAUUUAUUACAGUUUUUAUUACGUCUGUAGCUAUCGUCUCAAACUGAAGGGGUUUCGUAAACAUUUCUAACGAUUGGACAUCUGAGAUCAUUUGUGAGAGAUAUCCGUCGGACGGCACAGAUGUAACGUAGUAACUAUGCAGCCUUGCAUUUGGUACUAUAAAAAUAGCUAGAAACUAGACAGCAGAUGUGCUAUGUAGAGCCACAAUGAUAAACAAUAGGUACAUAUGUAUAUGUUUAUUGGUUUAUAUUACGCAAAGUGGAUGUAAAGUUGGUAUUUAGUUAUGACGAUGUCGUGCAGUUGGUUUGUCCUAUUUAGCCGCUCCCGGGACACUUCCAACUCGGUACAAACCGAGAUGACUCAUUAAAUGUUGGCCACAGUUUUAUCUCCGGGGAAUUUCUCCUUUGUUACACACGCUAGCGUUUUGGCUACUAGUCAAAUAUCUACCGAAAAAAAACUGUAAGUGCUCCAAACGUAUGUACUCUAAAAGGGAAAGAUUAAGACUGAAAAACAGACGUUUAUGACUUCACUCUCUUCGAGUAGAAUUCUAAAAACAUACCUAAACUGAAUAGUAUUCUUUUCUACAAUCAACAUUAGACACAACCAACACAUUUUUAGCACAAUACAAUAGUGGGUGCGUGUAAUUAAUUGCUUACACUUACUAUUCACUACAUACUAUGAAUUGAGUAGUGAUAAAAUGGUACACAAUUUACUGUCUUUAGCAGACAAUGUCUAUCGUUAGCUAUUCCAUAUUUUUGUUUUAUCAUUAAUUUCACAAUGAGCUGCACUCACCGGUAUAAUUAGUACAUCAUUUUGCUAUAUUGUAAAUUACUUCAAGUAAUUUAUUUAAUUUCGAGUACAAUGACUCACAGUAUUAACAUUACACUACGUCAGGUCGGUAGGCUGACAAGUAAAUAAAUGUACAAUUGACAUGAGUGACGUAUUCAAUAAUUAGCUCCAAGCUAUGUACAUAACUGGUUUUAAAGAUAAAACCAGGUUUCCUCGUCAGUGUUACACGACCGGACAAAGGCAGGAUCUAGAUAAUUAGUUGCGGACAAAAAUAGUCGUCGCAGUCGGGCCCUGGGCCAGGUGACGUCAGCGCGCCAGGGCCGGCGGCGGGGCAAGACGGGCCCCGCGCCAGUGUCGCGCGCGCCGUCAGCCCGCUCGCACGCCACCUAACGAGCCUGAGUCAGCUGCCACCAGCCGCCGCUCCGCUGCCGCCUGCCGUCUACCGCCUGCUCGCCUCCACCGACCCCCCUCCCGGCUGCCUACGCGAUCCUGAACCGCACACUCACUUGGUGCAAUGGUCAGAAGAUACGAAAGAAUGAGCGGACGCCAGUCCUGGAAUGAAGAUGACAUGGCGAAGGCUGUAGCCGCUGUGGUGUCAGGUAAGAUGGGAUACAAACUGGCUGCCAGGACAUUUCACAUACCUCGCUCCACGCUGCAAAGACGCGCCAGCAAGAUAAGGUACCAGCAGCCAGAUGAUCCCAAGCCUUUAAUGGGUCAUUACCGAAGAGUCUUCACGGAUAGUCAAGAAAAAGACUUGGUCGGAUACAUCAAGAGUAUGGAAAAGUAUUUCAUGGGUGUCUCCAGGAGGGACAUUCGGGAAUUAGCGUAUCAAUAUGCAGAAGACAACAAUCUGAAUCAUCCAUUCGACGCCAACACUAGAAUGGCAGGCGAAGACUGGGUAAGGAAUUUUCUCAAGAGGAAUCCAGAACUGCUCGACAAGUCAGAUCACGAAUGUGGCUUGGAGCCCGUGAACUUUGAUCAGUUCUACCACUUUAUGUGUCAGUUGUCAUGAUGAAACGUAUUUUAGUACGAUAAAACUAAAACUAGUUGUAAGUAAAAAGGUCAAGUUCGCCCCCGAGAGAGCCUCAAUAUUAAUGUAUGAUAUAUUAUGUGAAUCCAACCUGUGUAUACUACAAGCCCACUCUUGCAAUCAAUAUUAUGAAUAUGUUGGACACGGUUGCUCAACAACACACAUUCGUAUUCUAAAACUGUUAACCACACCAAGAUUUAAGGCGUUUUGUACCCACGAGUUGGAACAUUAAGUACAGUAAGACUUUUUGGAAACGUUUUAAUAUUUAUAAUAACAAAAUUGUAGCAAAAGUAGUUAAAAAGAGCCAAGCUCAAAAUAUGCGAUGUUACCUUUGAUAUUUUUCUUUAUUCGGUUAGAUAAUAUAAUUUUGUUAAUCUUCGGGGCCGUAGCGCGAGAUGCGGGCAGAGGCUGCUAUGCCCUCGCACCGACGUCAGAGUCGCGGUCCUGCACUUAUUAAGUACUUACGAAGUCUAUAGUUGUAUCUGAUUUAUAGUUUAAAUUUUGUUAUUUAAUGGUACUAAAAUAUAACUUGCUAAAUUAAGGGCUGUGAUAACAGAGAAAGGUGUAUUUUUAUGGAACAUAUCUAUUGAGGUGAUGUAUCUAUUUACAAAGAAGGUUUCUGAUAUUUAAAUUUAGUAUUGCUUAUUACUAUUGUUUACUAUAAAUGCUGAGUAUUGGUAGUAACAUUAGCAAAAUGUUCCGUAACAUUAUUUGUACCGGCAAGGUGCAGCACAGCGGUGCUCUGAUUAGCAAUAUUUCCUUCGUGUGCAAUAUUUCAACUGACUACUUUAUAGGCAAAUAAACCUAUGCUUCGCAUCACACAAGAAGGGUUUAAUAACAUGUUUCAGCGUACUUAAAGCAACGCAUUCAUAAAUUGCCAUUCAGCCAUGCGUGUAGAUUUUGGUGCAUAUAAUUACUGACGAACGAAAAAGUUACCUAGCUAGACAGUACAUGAAAAGGACACAGAAAAUAAAUGUAUGUUAACGAUAAGUGUAAAUCCAAAAUCUAAUUCAUAUAAUAAGAUCAUAAACCACGUCGUCCAUUUUAUUAUGCUCUAAUCUGCUAUAUUUUAUUCCAUUCAUUAACAGAGAUAUUUAGUCCGGGGCAACCGGGACCUGGAAAUAGAGUCAAUAAAUCAUGAAAUACACGCAAAUAAAUCCGCGUAUAUAGCAAAAUAUAUUCCCAUUAGCAGAGUUUGGCGCAGCGCACAGUUUGCCAGUUACGGAACAUUUACCCCUAAUGAAUGCUGAUAACGAACGCGUCAGCAUUGCUAGCUCAAUCCACCACACCGCUACUACUCAGCACUGCUUGACGUGCCCGGUAACCGCUACCUACGUCAUUUACAUUUUUAUAUAAGCACUUUAUUCGUGGUAUAGGGAUGGGAUGGUGAUAUUCGUGGGAUUUCGGCUUAUCUAAUUUAUUUCGCCCCUAGUAAAAUUAUUAUACUCGUGUUUCGUCCAAAUCAAUGCUAUUUUUCUAUCGUUACUAUUUAAUCCCACUGUACCAAAUUAGUUAUAUUAUUAUCGUUACCUGAUUCAAGUUUUGAUCUCUUUAACUUAGUUCAAAAUAGCAAAUUGUAUAUUUAUUUAGAUCUCGAAAUACUAAAUGUUGUUGGUUUUAAAAGAAAAUUUAACAUUUGAAAAACAUUACCUAUUUGCCAAACUAUGUUGUUAUUUUGAGAUUUAUUUUUAAUUAAUAUAAUAAUAAUAUAUUCCUG